ACACCGCGGGGGGCGCACCGCCGGCAGAGGUCGCGGUGCCGCCGCCCGCCCCGCCCCGCCGCGCUGCCGCCCCCCCCCCCCCCCCCGCCCCGCUCCGCUCCCGCGGCGGCGGCCGCUCGGUGCGGCGGCGGCGGCGGCGGCGGCGCAGACAAAGGGGCGGCGGUGCCGGGGUGGGGGGGGGGGAAGGGGGGGCGAUGGGCGGCGGGGCGGCGGCAUGAGGGGGCGGCGGGCAGCAUGGCGGCGGCGGGCGGCGCGGCGCGGCGGGGGCUGCUGAAGCGGAAGCCCAACUUCACGCUGCAGGAGAUCGAGAUCCUGAUGAGCGAAGUGCUCCGCUACGAACCGCUGCUCUUCGGCGCCGCCGCCAGCACCGUGAACGCCUACGAGAAGCAGAAGAUCUGGUGGCGCAUCACCAAUAAGAUCAACGCCGCCGGCCGCAACCAGCGCGACAUCGGCGAGGUGAAGAACCGCUGGAGGGGGCUGCGCCGCCGCGCCAACGAUAAAAUCACCCGGCACCGGCAGGAGCGGCAGGGCCCGGCACCGCGACCCGGCGCCGCACGGCACCACGGGGCCGCCGCCGGAACCGGCACCGCCGCCGCCGAGCUCGGCCCCGGACCCGCGCCCGUAUGGGGACCGCGCGGCGGCGAAGCGGCGCCGCUGCUCGGAGGGGAAAGGGCGGCACCGCGCGGUGCGUGCGGGAACGGAGCGGGGUGGGAUGGUGUGAAGGAGGAGGCGGUGAAGGAGGAACCGGUGGAGGUGAAGAUGGAGCCCUUCCAUGACCCCACGGACGGCGGCACCGUCCCGGCGCAUCGGCAGCCCCGCAGCAGCACCCACAGCCCCGGCGAGGGCUGGAGCCCCCCGCAGCCCCCCCAGCCCGACCUGGGGAUACAGCCGGAACCUCCGGGCUGCGACUUCCCCGGCAGCGUCAUCUUCGAGCCGGACGCCGAACGGCUCAGUGACUGCGGCGAAACGGGGGGAACCCCCGGCACGACGGACGGGACCCCCGAAAGCAGCGCCCGGCUCAGCCCGGCCGAGCUGCGCCUCAUCCGCUGCAACGAGCGGCUGGUGCAGGAGGUGCGCGCCUUCCGCCGGGAGUGCGCCGAGAGCCGCCGGGAGAUGGCAGCGGUGCUGCGCAGCAUCGCUCAGGCGUUGGGCGGCCUCAGUGCCAGCCUGGCCCAGAUCCGCGAGCGCUACCUCGGGGGGCACGCGGCCCCCCAGCCCUGAGCCCCCCCCCCCCAACCCGCGCCUCCCAUCCCCAUUUUAUUAUUUGAACUCCCACUUCAAUAAAACUCAGCGCUGCCCCCCCCGGUUGCCCCCU